AUGGAUGAAGCUACUAUCGAUUCGAUCUUCGCAGGAUCUUUAAAAUCCUUGCCUGCUGUCAGUUCUAAAAUCGUUCGAAUAUUCACAAGUUCCACUUUCACCGAUACGGCGAUGGAGCGAAACACAUUGAUGGCCCAAUGUUACCCGAAGAUCAAGGAUUAUUGCAGGGAAAAGCAUGGAUUAGAGUUUCAGGUAGUUGAUAUGAGAUGGGGUGUCAGGGACGAAGCCACAGACGAUCAUAUGACUACAGAAUUGUGCAUGAGAGAAAUAGAAAAUUGUCAGAGACUCUCAAUGGGGCCGAAUUUCGUGGUAUUUCUUGGACAAAAAUACGGCUAUCGUCCUAUACCAACGUACGUUCGAAGCUCCGAAUUGGAAAUGUUGCGAACAGAGCUGGAAAGUCAAGGAAUGGAUGUUAGUCUAUUAGACAAAUGGUACAAAAAGGAUAGCAAUGCCGUGCCAGCGACGAGUAUCCUGCAACCAAUAUCAUCUAUCUUGAAAAAUUUCAAUAACAAAAGAAUACCGAAGCUGCAGCAGGAAGACCAGGCCAUCUGGUGGGACACCAUGGUGAAGAUGCAGAAACUGUUCAGGAAGGGUGCACAAUCUUUGUACAAUACUGGAAAAUUCGACAAGGACACGAUGCAUAAUUAUUUCAUGUCAGUCACCGAGAGGGAAGUGAUCAAUGGUGUCCUAAACGUGAAGAAUACCAAAAAUCACUGUCUAGCGUACAUACGAUACAUAAACAAUAUAAAUCUACAAAAUCUGAGAAAAGCUAGCUUGUUCUUGGACAUCGCCAACCGAAGUUUGGAUAACGAAGCUUCCAAAUUGUUAGCGAACUUGAGGGACGAAAGGCUUCCGGAAAAGAUCGAAAGUACCAAUUUGCAAAGGUACACGGUGGAAUGGAUCGGUCGAGAAGGUUUAGAUACAGAAACGCACAGCGAGUACCUUCAACACUUUAUUACACACUUUUAUAGAAACAUACUGAAACUGGUGGAUCGUGCAAUGAGAAAGGAGGACAGUUCUGCCCAAGGGCAGAUUAUAACAGAAAUGUUGCAACACUUACAUGCUUGCAAUAAUUCAGUAAAGGUGUUCUAUGGACGAGAAGAUACUUUGGAGAACAUCAAAGAAUACAUGAUGGGAGACAGUGAUAAACCUUUGGUCUUGUACGGAGAAGGAGGUUGUGGAAAGACUUCGUUAUUAGCAAAAAGCGCAGGAUUGACAAGCAGCGUGUGGCUAACCGGUAAAAAGCCGAUCAACAUAAUUCGAUUUCUUGGGACAACACCUGAUAGCAGCGCCCUGACACCCACUUUGAUCUCCAUUUGUCAACAGAUCUCCUACAACUUCAUGUUACCCUUCGAAGAGAUUCCCGACGAUUUAGUGCCACUGACAGCCUACUUUAAAUAUUUGCUCACUCUAGCCACCGUCGAACAACCGAUUCUAUUAUUCUUGGACAGCGUCGAUCAGUUAACCGGAGUGCAGGGAAACAAAUUGUCCUGGUUACCUACCAGACUACCGACAAAUUGCAAGAUGAUCCUAUCUUGCGCGGCGGAGGAAUCGAAUCCGGUGAUAUCUAGAGACUAUCAAUUAUUGAGAAGAAUGAUCGACAGCGAGGAGAACUUCAUCGAGGUCGUAGCUUUGGGCGAAGAUCUAGCUAUGGAAGUGAUACGGAUGUGGAUGAAAACAGCUCGCAGAGACUUGAACAAUUAUCAGUGGCGUCUGGUAGCGAACGCUAUAUCGAAGUGUUCCUUGCCGAUUUUCGUGAAGCUCGUAUUCGCGGAGAUUUGCAGGUGGAGAAGUUACACGAAACCGGCGGAUACUCAUUUGGCUUGCACCGUGAUGGACAGUAUUAUGAUGCUGUUCGAAAGGAUAGAAAAGCAACAUGGGAAGAUCUUGGUGUUCCAUGCGUUAGCUUAUAUAACAGCUGCUAAGUCAGGUUUAUCCGAGUCCGAGCUGGAGGAUCUGAUUUCGUUGGACGACAAGGUGCUGGACGAUGUGUAUCAGUAUCAUUUACCCCCCGUCAGAAGAAUUCCUCCGUUGCUUUGGACCAGAAUAAGGAGCGAUUUGCCGAAUUAUCUGAGCGAAAGGGAAGCUGACGGUGUCAGUGUUCUUAAUUGGUACCACAGGCAAUUCAGAGACACAGCCAAAGAGAGAUACUUUAAAAACAUGAAUAUGGCGAUGUACUUUCAUUCGAUGAUCGCUGAUUAUUAUCUUGGCAUCUGGGGAGGUGGACGUCCUAAACCUUUCAAAUACACUGAGAUUCAGAGACACCGGUUUAACCUGGCGGAUAAAGAAGGUGUGGCGGAUAGAAAAGUGCCCGAGCAACCCCUGGCGUUUUACUCGAAGGAGGGCACUAUUACUAGAUACAAUUUAAGAAAGUUUGGCGAGCUACCUUUCCAUCUGGUCAGAUCGCGUCGUUUCGACGAUCUCUUUGAAAACGUUCUGUUCAAUUAUGAAUGGCUCCACGCCAAGCUGAGUUCCUGUCCGCUUCAGGCGGUGCUAUCAGAUUUUGAAGACGGCUGCAGUUUCAUUGAUAAUCAGAGCAUCGUCAGAGAACUGAUGCUGGUCGCUGACGCGCUCAGAUUAGGAGGUGCAAUUUUGGGCUCUCAUCCCGACAUGCUCGCCCCUCAAUUGAUCGGUCGAUUGCUACCGGAAAUCGGUGGAAACGUGAACGUGAAAAUGCUGCUACGUGCGUGCGAUAACGACGGGUCUAAGGAUUGCGCUCUGCUUCCUGUUUAUCACUGUUUACACACCCCCGGAGGACCGCUCAAAUACUCGCUGGAGGGUCAUCAAUUCGCCGUAUUUGGGUUCUGUCUGACGUCGGAUUAUCGUUACGUGGUCUCGAUAUCCAAUAGAUUCAUCACAUGGGAUCUGAGCACCAGCGACAUGACUAGGGAUGUUAAUCCAGGUGUGGAGGGAAUUAUGCAAAACCUCGUCCUGAGCCCUGAUAACAGAUACGCCGCUGCGUUUACCACCAAUAACCAGAGCGUCGUGUUGAAUACCCUGACCAGCGAGUUCGUCAUCAUUGAUAAUCCACUACCAAAUGAAGAUCCUGUAUGCGGGGUUCACCUGAUGAAUCAGUUUUUCUUCGUUUACGGUAAAUUAGGCUGGUGCAGGUUCGACCUGCGAGGAAAUUUAUUGGACACCCAUACGAAUCCCGAGGAUUCAAACAAAUGGCCAAUUUUAUGGGUGGAACAUUCGAAUUUGGACGAAUACAGAAUAGUAUUCUGGUCUGGAAACAUAGAAGAUACCAGUAUGCUCUUGCAUACUUAUAGGAGAAAAGGAUCUUUAGAUCCUUUGCGUUUCCACAGUGUCCUGGUAAUGACCAACAAUAAGAAAGUUUUAUACACCUGUACAAGUAAAGAUGAUUAUCGAGUAACGAAAUACACGAUCGACGAUACUUCUUUCGAAUGGGAAAAAGUAUUCGAUAUGCCUAGAGCUUUCAACGACCACGUUGAAUACCUGUUGCAAUUGAAACUGGACAGGGAAGAGGAGAUGCUUCUGGCUACCAGUGCCAAUGGUUUCGUCGUUUGGUUUCUAGAAAGCAAAAGUGAUGCAUACGUUCUAAUGCUGCCAAAUGGAGUGAGGAACAUUAGCACAAAGAUGAUGUGUUCGAAUUCGAUAAUGAUCAGUGGGACUAAGAAUUAUGCUGUUGCUGGUGUAAGAAAGAAUUUAUACGUAUGGAGUCUUGAAACAACAGAGUUAGUUAAGACAUUAGACGCUCAUUUCGCGAGGAUCAUUCAGCUGGAAUCGCUGACUAUCGGGAAUUGGAACAGCGUGGUAACAUCCAGCAUCGACAGAAGUGUUAAAGUAUGGAACAUAAAUAACAUCUUCGAGCAGGUUCAUGUGAUAGACAGACACGAGUUACAAAUAGACAUGAUAAGCCUGGCAGAAGAUUGUAAUUUAGCAGCGACGGUGACCAGAGAUUGUGUAGGUAUUUGGGACUUGCAGACUGGAAAAUUGAUCUCAAAAUUAGCGGACAGUCCUUUAGGAGCGAUCGUAACGCAUGCCUGCAUAACGCAGGACGGCAGAUAUAUUGUUUCAACGGAAUCGGGCAAUGUAUUAAUAUGGAAUAGGAUUACAGAACAAGUGUUGUUCAAGGAAGAGCAACAAGACGUGAAACAAUUAACGCUAAUUGAAAACUCGUCCAAGUUCAUAACCGUUUCAAGGCCCAAGAAUCCUGUUGGAGUAGAGAACAUGAAAACAACUGCUACUCUUUUUAUGAGAACCAUUCCUGAUGGUACAAUGACAUUCUCAUUGGAGUAUCCCGUCAGAAGUCAAACAGGUACCCCGUUUCGUAAUAUUGUAAUUACUUCGGACAAUUUGUAUUUGAUUGUACCAGCAGCUGAUAAGGGCAACAGAGAUUGCGUUAUCAUGUACAAUGCAAAAACAGGUGUAUUAAUAAGUAAAAUCCCCGUGAAAUUACCAGGAUUUAAAGAUAUUUUAUGCAUCACUCCUAUGCCGAAUAAACCACACUGGGUGGGAGUUAUCGGAUCCGACAAAGGUAUUAUUUUGGAUAUAAAUAAAAAAAAGAUUAUCCGUACGAUACCGAAAUGGAGUGGAAACAUCAGCAAAGAUGGGAGAUACACCUUAUAUGCUCCCAGCAGAGGAGGCUUAGAACUUUUAGAGCUAAAGAAAGGUAGCACGGUAAAGACCUAUAUUCCAAAGGUGGCAGAAGGUGUCUUUACUGUAAUAUCAAUGUUCAAUCGUACAGAUGAAUAUGUUCUCUAUUAUCAUAGUGGAAGAAAAACCAUACGUGUGUUUAGAUCAUCAGACUGUGAGAUGAUAGCAAACUAUAGGGUUCAAGCAGAGCUGAGUGCAAUAGAUAGCACUUACGAUGGUAAUAGUAUAGUUUUAGGAACAGUGGAUGGUUGUGUGUCUGUUUUAGCCAUAGCAGAUCCUAAUAAAGAAGAGAUGAAAGAGUACAUUGAAAAUUUACCAUCUCGUGACGAAGAUUGGAAAAGGAAAAUUGAAAAACAACGAGCAUCUAUUAAAUUCAAAGCCGCUGCUCGAAUCGCUCGUGUAACGCACGAAUUAAGUGCGAUCGUAAGAAAUUCGAAUGUUGGGGAAACGAUUGAGGAAGUAGAUGAAAAUAUAGAAUAAAGAUUGCAUUAUUUUGUGAAAAAUCAUUUUAUCGCUAGAAGUACAAUGUUACGUACUUCUUAAUGUAGGAAUAAUAAAUGUAAAGUCAUUUUAGAAUUUAUAUUACAUUUAUUUGUGUCUUUUAGUGUAAUUAAUUUUUAUAAUCUUUCUUUUCUUUCUGUCUUCCAUUUUUUUUUUCUCCGCGUUCAAAAAGUAAAGGGCACGAGACGAAUUCCGUGUUUCAUCAUCGCAAGACGGAUACCCUUGCACAAAUCAAGUUGUUGUUUCUUUAAAUAACAAUUCUGUAACUUGUUCAGUGCAAGGGAAUGUGUCCUCUGUCAUCUUGCAACGAUACGUAAUUACUGAAAACGUCUCGUACCGACGCAGGCGUGAUCAAGUAUUGAACGUUUAUGGUUUUUCUUUUUUUUUUUCUCUUCGUUUGUUUACAAAUUUUAUGCGAUCGAAA